AUGCUCCGUGCAAGGCCAGAGGCUCUGGUUCUUCUGGGAGCUCUGCUGACUGGACCUUUGGAUUCAGUGGGCGGCCAGGACUCACUUUCGCUGCCCUGGGAAGUGCAGCGCUAUGACGGCUGGUUCAACAACCUGAGGCACCACCAGCGAGGCGCUGCAGGCUUCCGACUGCAGCGCCUGGUCUCAGCCAAUUACGCCGACGGCGUGUAUCAAGCUCUCGGGGAGCCUCUGCUGCCCAAUCCGCGCCGGCUCAGCAACGCCGCCAUGCAGGGAGCUGCCGGACAAGCAUCUCGCCGCAACCGCACUGUGCUGGGGGUCUUCUUUGGCUACCACGUGCUCUCGGACCUGGUGAGUGUGGAGCGGCCCGGUUGCCCCGCCGAAUUCCUCAACAUCCGCAUUCCGCCUGGAGAUCCAGUGUUCGAUCCCGACCACCGCGGGGACGUGGUGCUGCCCUUCCAGAGGAGCCAUUGGGAUCCCGAGACCGGACAGAGUCCCAGCAACCCCCGAGACCUGACCAACGAGGUGACCGGCUGGCUGGACGGCAGCGCCAUCUAUGGCUCCUCACACUCAUGGAGCGACGCGCUGCGGAACUUCUCCGGGGGGCAACUGGCAUCGGGACCCGAUCCUGCCUUCCCCCGGGACGCACAGAACCCGCUGCUCAUGUGGAUCGCACCGGACCCCGCCACCGGGCAGCGUGGGUCCCAGGGGCUGUACGCCUUUGGUGCGGAGCGGGGGAAUCGCGAUCCCUUCCUGCAGGCGCUGGGACUACUGUGGUUCCGCUACCACAACCUGUGCGCACAGAAGCUGGCCAGCGAGCACCCGCACUGGGGGGACGAGGAGCUGUUUCAGCACGCGCGCAAGAGAGUCAUCGCCACCUACCAGAACAUUGCUCUUUAUGAGUGGCUUCCCAGCUUUCUACAGAAAACACCCCCAGAAUAUAAAGGGUACAACCCUUUCCAGGACCCCAGCAUCUCCCCGGAGUUCCUGGCAGCCUCUGAGCAGUUUUUCUCCACCAUGGUACCCCCAGGUGUCUAUAUGCGAAAUGCCAGCUGUCACUUCCAGAAAGUCUCCAACAAGGAUUUUGUCAGUUUCCCAGCUCUCAGGGUCUGCAACAGCUACUGGAUUCGAGAGAACCCCAAUGUGAACAGUGUCCAUGCGGUGAACCACGUGCUGCUGGGAAUGGCUUCCCAGAUUUCGGAGCUGGAGGACAGGAUAGUGGUUGAAGAUCUCAGGGAUUACUGGCCUGGCCCUGGCAAAUUCUCCCGCACAGACUACGUGGCCAGCAGCAUCCAGCGUGGCCGAGAUAUGGGGCUGCCCAGCUAUAACCAGGCCCUGCUGGCUUUGGGCCUGAAGACUCCGAAGAACUGGAGUGACCUCAACCCCAACGUGGAGUCCCAGGUGCUGGAGGCCACAGCUGCCCUGUACAACCAGGACUUGUCCCGGCUGGAGAUGCUUCCAGGGGGGCUCCUGGAAAGCCAUGGGGACCCAGGACCUCUCUUCACUGCCAUUGUCCUAGACCAGUUUGUGCGACUUCGGGAUGGUGACCGCUACUGGUUUGAGAACACAAGGAAUGGGUUGUUCUCCAAGGAGGAGAUUGCAGAGAUCAGAAACACCACCUUGCGGGACGUGCUAAUAGCUGUGACCGGUGUGGAUUCCAAUGCCCUGCAGCCUAAUGUCUUCGUCUGGCACGAGGGUGCACCCUGCCCUCAGCCGAAGCAGCUCACAGACAAGGAUUUGCCCCACUGUGUUCCCAUGACUGAGUUGGAUUACUUUGAGGGCAGUGGUCCUGGUUUUGGCAUCACCAUUGUGGCUCUCUGCUUCCUUCCCCUUGUGAGUCUGCUCAUCUCUUGGGUGGUGGCCCAUUUCCGGGGCCAAGAACGCAAGAAGCUACAAAAGAAAGGCAAUGAGAGUAUAAAGAAGGAGUCGGCAGAAGACGGUGUGUCAGCGAUGGAGUGGCCAGGGCCCAGGGAGAAGAGCUAUCCCAUCACCAUCCAGCUGCUCCCAGAGAGGCGUCUACAGGUCCUGGACCACAGGCUCUCUGUGCUCCGUACCAUUCAGCUGCAGCCCCCGCAGCAGGUCAACCUCAUCCUGUCCAGCAACCAUGGGAGCCAGGCCCUGCUGCUCAAGAUCCCCAAGGAGUAUGACCUGGUGUUGCUGUUUAACAACGAGGAGGAGCGGAGCACCUUUGUGCAGUAUCUGCAGGACUUCUGUGUACACUGGGACCUUGGCCUUCAUGUCUCAGAGAUGGGUGAGAAGGAGUUGUUCCGGAAGGCUGUGACCAAGCAGCAGCGGGAGCAGAUCCUUGAGAUGUUCUUCAGGCAUCUUUUUGCUCAGGUGCUGGACAUUGACCAGGCAGAUGCAGGGACCGUAUCCCCGGACUCCUCACAGAAGGUCCGGGAGGCCCUAACAUGUGAGCUGAGCAGGGCUGAGUUUGCCGAGUCUCUGGGCCUCAAGCCCCAGGACAAGUUUGUGGAAUCCAUGUUCUCUCUGGCCGACAAGGAUGGCAAUGGUUACCUGUCCUUCCGGGAGUUCCUGGACAUCCUGGUGGUCUUCAUGAAAGGCACCCCAGAGGAUAAGUCCCGCCUGAUGUUCACCAUGUAUGACCUUGAUGAGAAUGGCUUCCUCUCCAAGGAUGAGUUUUUCACCAUGAUGCGGUCCUUCCUCGACAUCUACAAGGACUGCCUGACCAAGGUCCAGCUGGCCGAGGUGGUGGAGUCCAUGUUCCGGGAGUCAGGCUUCCAGGACAAGGAGGAGCUGACUUGGGAGGACUUCCAUUUCAUGCUGAGGGACCACGACAGUGAGCUCCGCUUCACUCAGCUCUGCGUCAGAGGUGGAGGUGGAGACAUUAAAGACGUUUUUAAACAAAACACCAGCUGUCGAGUCUCAUUCAUCACUCGGACUCCUCACGAACGCUCUUGCCCCAGUGUACCGGGGCUCCCUGCCUCAGAAGCCCCAGAACUGGGAGGACCUGGACUGAAGAAGAGGUUUGGCAAAAAGGUAGUGAUGUCCCCUCCCCGGCUGUACACGGAGGCACUGCAGGAGAGGAUGCAGCGGGGCUUCCUGGCCCAGAAGAUGAAGCAGUACAAGCGCUUUGUGGAGAACUACCGGCGACACAUUGUGUGUGUCACCAUCUUCUCAGCCAUCUGUGCUGGCCUGUUUGCAGAGCGGGCUUACUACUAUGCCUUUGCCUCGCCGCCUUCGGGCAUUGCACAGACCACCUUUGUGGGCAUCAUCCUGUCACGGGGCACAGCGGCCAGCGUCUCCUUCAUGUUCUCCUACAUCCUGCUCACCAUGUGCCGCAAUCUCAUCACCUUCCUGCGGGAGACCUUCCUCAACCGCUACGUGCCCUUCGAUGCCGCUGUGGACUUCCAUCGCUGGAUAGCCAUGGCAGCUGUUGUCUUGGCCAUUUUGCACAGUGCUGGUCACGUGGUCAAUGUCUACAUCUUCUCAGUCAGCCCCCUCAGCCUGCUUGCCUGUAUCUUCCCCAACGUCUUUAUAAAUGAUGGGUCCCAGCUUCCUCAGAAGUUCUACUGGUGGUUCUUCCAGACAGUCCCAGGUAUGACGGGCGUGCUGCUGCUCCUGGUGUUGGCCAUCAUGUAUGUCUUCGCCUCCCACCACUUCCGUCGGCGCAGCUUCCGGGGCUUCUGGCUGACCCACCACCUCUACAUCCUGCUCUAUAUCCUGCUCAUCAUCCACGGCAGCUACGCCCUGAUUCAGACGCCCCGUUUCCACAUCUUUUUCCUGGUUCCUGCACUCAUCUAUGGGGGCGACAAGCUGGUGAGCCUGAGCAGGAAGAAGGUGGAGAUCAGCGUGAUAAAGGCAGAGCUGCUGCCCUCAGGAGUGACCCACCUGCGGUUCCAGCGGCCCCAAGGCUUUGAGUACAAGUCAGGGCAGUGGGUGCGGAUCGCGUGCCUGGCUCUGGGGACCACUGAGUACCACCCCUUCACACUCACCUCCGCUCCCCAUGAGGACACGCUCAGUCUGCACAUCCGAGCAGUUGGGCCCUGGACCACUCGCCUCAGGGAGAUCUACUCACCCCCAGCUGGCGACAGCAGUGCCAGAUACCCAAAGCUCUACCUCGAUGGACCAUUUGGUGAAGGUCACCAGGAAUGGCAUAAGUUUGAAGUGUCAGUGCUGGUGGGAGGGGGCAUUGGCGUCACCCCCUUUGCCUCUAUCCUCAAAGAUCUGGUCUUCAAGUCAUCCUUGGGCAGACAAAUGCUCUGUAAAAAGAUCUACUUCAUCUGGGUGACGAGGACGCAGAAGCAGUUCGAGUGGCUGGCUGACAUCAUCCGGGAGGUAGAGGAGAAUGACCACCAGGAUCUGGUGUCCGUGCACAUCUACAUCACCCAGCUGGCUGAGAAGUUCGACCUCAGGACAACCAUGCUAUACAUCUGUGAGCGGCACUUCCAGAAGGUGCUGAACCGGAGUCUGUUCACGGGCCUGCGCUCCAUCACCCACUUUGGCCGACCCCCCUUCAAACCUUUCUUCAACUCCCUGCAGGAGGUCCAUCCACAGGUGCGGAAGAUUGGGGUGUUCAGUUGCGGUCCUCCAGGAAUGACUAAGAAUGUAGAGAAAGCCUGUCAGCUCAUCAACCAGGAAGACCGGGCCCACUUCAUACACCACUACGAGAACUUCUGA